CUUGGGAAGAGAUUAAUCAAGUAAUUAUUUAUUCCAAUUUAUAAAUUUAUUACAAAGCUCUUCCUCUUAGUUAAAAUGCCAGAACUAACACAUACCAAAUCACUGCCUUGCCAAUACUAUUUAAAAGCAACUGUUACAGGUGGUCCCAAGCUACAUAUGCAAAACAUUUUAUUGUAAUAAACAGAGUCUCAUAAAAUGUUCCUUCUUUUUGUGAAAGAUAGGGAGGGAUAAGAGAGAGAAUUUAGAAAGGAUGGGAGGAAAAAAGGUUAAUAAUUAAAGAUAAGAAAAUGUAAGCUAUUUAAAGGAUUUUUUUCCCCCCAUAUAUUAAAGCCUCUGAUGCCAUUAGAAGUGAAAUAACCCCGGAAAAGAUGAAUGUGUGUAUUAGCAGCUGGAAGGUUCAGAAUAUUACUAAUAUUAAGAUUUGUGUGGAAUGUACAUCUCUAUCCUUCAUAGCACAGGAGAUGGGAAUUUAGGAAUUAGGUUUUUAACUGAAUAAUUUUUCUUUUCACUAUGAAGUUUCUUGCACUGGAAACUUUUCACUACAAACUUCUGACUGAUAAGAUUAAUGCCAACAGAAGAAUGGGCCUCUCUUUGCAUGUGUGUCAUGGUGAGAGCGCAGCCAAUUGUCCAGGUAAGCCUGCAAUGUGGAGUGUGUGGGACAGAGGAGGUGUUUCUGUAGAUGUACAUCAAUACAAGACUUUUAAGGUUGAUUCAAGACCUUGCUGAGUCCCUUUUGUCUCUUUUAGCAGCUAAAUCUGCUACUUUGGCAUAAAAGUGUGUUAGUGGUAUUUGCUGUGUCUUCUGCAAGCUUUGCACUGGAGAUCUGGCUUUUAAGUAAAUAGACUUUUUGUUGCUGUAUUGGAGCUCUUUUGUGUAACUUAAGAAGACCAAAUACUGGUAACCAAAACCCUGUCCUGUCUUGUAAAGCAUGUAUGAAUAGUAUAGUCCUUCUAGCAGGAAUAAAUAAUAAGCUGCUUCAUUUCAGUAUAUUCUCUGUGAUUAAACUAAAAAUGACACCUGGGUGACCAAGGCAGAAGACCAGCACUCAAAAAAUCUAAGACUUACAGUCCAUGAAUGAACUUUCCAUAACUGAAGGAUGUGUUCUGGAUGACUACAGCUGCAUUCUGGAGUGGUAAGCAUCCCUCCCUUUUUAUUUGAAGCCAUUUUGUAUGCUCCUAUUGAUGACACAAAUAGCACAGCAAAGAUCGGAAAUGGAAACAUUUUCUUCACUUUGUAUAAAAAAGAACCGGCCAUGUGGGAUUCCCUGACCCUAGAAAAUGCUGACAAGGAAAAACUGCAAUAUCUAAGAGAGAAUGCUGUUCUAAAAGCCCAACAAAAGGCAAAAGAGGAGACAGAAGCAAAAAAAGCUACAAAAGAGGAACACAAAAAAUAUGCUUUGGAGGCCACAAUGAAGCUAGAAGAAGCAGAAAGAAAAAGAAUUGAAGAUCUGAAAGAAAAGGAACGGCAGAAGGUCACUGAAGAGUUGGAGUUAUGGAAAAACCAGCAAAAAGAUGCUGAUAAAUACAAAAGCGUACAAAAAGAAGGGGAAUUACAUCAAGAAAUAGGGCAAUUAAAAGAGAGGAAAAAUGAAAAAAUGACCAAAACUAGAAUUCCUAAUGAAGGGACUUCUAAGAGCAGACCCAAACCCACAAAAGGUCAUGCUUCCUGUAGUAUAUUUUCACCAAAUGUAAAGGAAGAACAGUUACCAGCUCCUCGAUCUGCUGCUACAAUUAAAGUCAACUUUACCCCACGAGUUUUUCCUACAGCUCUGCGAGAAUCUCGCGUCGCAGAAGAGGAGGAGUGGCUACAUAAACAAGCAGAAGCUCGAAGAACAAUAAGUGCUGAUUUAUCUGAGCUGGAAGAUUUAAAAGAAGAGGAGAAGAAUCCAGAUUGGUUAAAGGACAAAGGAAACAAAAUGUUUGCAAUGGGAAACUAUCUGGCAGCUGUAAAUGCCUAUAACCUCGCAGUGAGGCUGAACAACAAGCUUCCCCUGCUGUACCUGAAUCGUGCUGCCUGCCACCUUAAACUGAGGAAUUUACACAAAGCUAUUGAAGAUUCCUCUAAGGCACUAGAACUGUUGACACCACCUGUUCCUGAUAACGAGGGCGCUCGAGUGAAAGCCUAUGUGAGACGUGGAACAGCCUUCUGUCAGCUGGAAUUAUAUACUGAAGGUCUCCAGGAUUAUGAAGCAGCUCUCAAGAUUGAUCCUAAAAAUAAAAAUAUAGAAAAAGAUGCUGAGAAGAUUCGACACCUAAUUCAAGGAACAAUGCAAGGUUCUUAAUUCAAAUAAACAUGAAAAAAAGAAACUCUUUGGCAGAGAUGCCUUUUGAGAACAUCAGAAGGAAUCUUAUUUCUUUUCAGUAUGUGUUAACUAAAUAUUUUUUGUGCUUCACUCAAAACACCUACAGAAUUGGUAAUGGAUUGGACAUAUUAAUUAUUUUUUUUUAAAGUAUAGUAUUAUAACAACCAUAAUUAGAUAUAUUUUAUCUCAUUUUGAUACAGUGGUCAUAUUUUUGCUUUUUGUUAGCAUUUGUAUUACCCUGAAAAUCUGAAACACUGGGUUUGAAGCUGUUCCAUUAUGUUAAGGGUUCUUUCCAAGCUGUGACCAUUUCAACUACACUUCUUUCAGUAGCAGUUUUAGCAGACUUCUGUUUCCUGAAUACCAUUUAUGACUGAUUUCUGUCUUUAUAAUAAAAUAUUUUUUAUGCAUAUA